AUGGCCCAGUCAGAGGAUAGAGAAGAAAUUCUUAAACAACUUACAUGCGGAAUUUUCAACGAAGAUUUUGAAGACAAAUCUACUAAAUCUCUUCUCACCACGCCCACAAUCUCUUAUACGCAAAGCGAUAGUAAAACUACCAAAAUUUGGACCUCCAAUACCAUAGACGUAGAUUACGGAAUGCCAACGAGACACCGAAGAGAAACUGAAGACACGUUAAGUGCUUCGUCAACAGAGAGUACCGGAAAGAUCACACCUACUUUGGAAAUAUCAACAGCAGCAACAACUUACGAUACAGAAGUCACCACUAACGCAGUAUCGAGACCAACAUCGUCUUUGGUUCCCAUUGUCAUGAAUCGUGCAACACAAAAUAUUCCCACAACAUCUACAUCUACUAAAACCAAAUUAGCAGUAGCGCCCACCAGUACGAUCGGUAGAUCCACGUAUCUUACUACAACGGACAAUGUGACUCCUAUCAUUGAAACUGCGCAAACCUCUACAACAGUUGGAAGUAUCACAUCUACGACUGAUGCCAGAGCAAUUAAAUCUACACCUAAUUCAGUGGAUAAGGAUAUUGUUAUUGAAUACCCAAGUGCCAUUAGUCAAGGACAACUUUUUAGCAUUAUUGAAAAUGGUACCAUGUUUGACAUAAUUGAGCUGAAUGAAACAUCUGAUUCAAGACCAAUACAGACGCAGGAAGUAAUCAAUGUCGAAGCAAAAACCUUAAAACCGUCAAACAAACUUCUUCAACUGGAUGAAAAAAAUAGCAAAAUUCCUGCUGAUCCCAAAACCAAACCACUCUCAAAGAAAGACCUCUACAAGAACGCCGACCCUAAAAAGAAGAACGCGCAAAAGAAUUCCGAUGAUAAAAUCGUUAAAGUUUUAGAAGCCAAAGAAAUAAGCACAGACAGUACAAUUAAAGAAUUUCUUCAGAAACGAGAAGAAAAAGAAACGGUUGCACCGAUUACCGAAGAAAAGAAAAUGGAUAAAGCAGCUUUAAAAAUUAUACAUGUAGAAGAAAACAAAGAACCCACUGAAACUCCAAAAGUAACACAAAACACAGAAGAUGUAAAAAAGGCUGAAAGUAAAGAACUAGUUGAGAGUAAAGAAGAACUUGAUUUAAAUAAACAAGUAGAAAUUUUACCAAUAAAACAAAUAACUGACGAAAUAACUGUUCAAAAACAUGAAAAGGAUAUAGAAAUGAACUUAUCAAAAGAAGAAAAUAAAGAAAUUGAACUAAAAGAAAAUUAUGAUAACAAUAAUAAAGAAAGUAUGGAGGAAAUGGACUUAAACAAAGAAAUUGAAAUAUUUCCAGUAAUCCAUGAUAAGUCUCCUCACCUAAACAGAACAUUCAGAAAGGAAUUACCAAUGAUGGCUGACGAACCAUCUUUUGACGAAACCAAGGAAGUGGGAGAUAAUAGACUAGAACUGAUGGAUAUUGACGAACUUGGUCCAAGAAGUGAUGAUACAAAUGAUACAAAGAUUGAUCCAAAUAUCGAUCUUCUGAACAAAAAUAUCACAAAAAAUAACGACAGUGAACUUAUAAGUCACAUAGACAAAGAUGUUUUAAAGAAACAGCUGUUGCCAAAACCACUACAAGGUCAAAUGGAAAAUCCAAUUGUUAAGGAAGAAAAACUUACCGAGCAAAAAUCUAUCAAGAAAGAAGAAAAGCAACAAGAUUUCGUUAAAACAGACACUUCAACAGAGGAAAUCUCAGAGAGUGAAGAAAACAGCGAUCAUCCUAGACCUAACAGACAAAGGCAGUUGACAAGGCCCCACGGUAGGCCUUUUUAUCCAAAUUUCUUUAGCAGGGUCUUAGGAUGA